AUGCAACACCCUGUAACCGAAGAUAUUAUGGCGAAAGAUCAGUUCGAACAACCUAAGCGACACGUUCAUUUUGCUGAUGAUAGCAACGCAGACAAUGGUCGGAAGCUGUACAAAAUUGAAAUUCAGUCUGUCUUGUACUGCUCGAAAGCUAACUUUCAAGUGAUGUACAAACCGGAGAUGGAGCUGCGCAUUGUUGAGUCUAUGGUGCCGUUCCGCGGGCCAGCCUCUGGGCAGUGA